AUAGGAGAGGGAGAGGGGAGUUGCUAUCUGAGGAGGAUCCCAGGCUUGGUCUCCACCCUCAGGAGCUGGAUAAAAGUCGGGGUCAGGCUUCGAGAGAAAGGAAAGAAGAGGAGGAGGAGGAACAGGGUCUUUAGCGUGGGCCAGGGACGGGGAAAACAUGGCACUCGCAGCCCAGCUGUUCUGCUGGCAGACCCUGACCACCAUGGUCCUGGCCCUCACUGUCUUCUUGUUCCUCUUGGAGAUCUCAGAAUGGUGGCGGACGUCCCCCCGCUAUCCUCCGGGCCCCACCAGGAUACCCCUGCUGGGAAACAUGCUCCAAAUAGACUUUCAGAAUCUCCACGGCUCCUUCAGACAGCUCCGGGCGAAGUUUGGGGAUGUCUUUAGCCUCCGAAUGGCCUGGGCCUCUGUAGUGGUGCUGAAUGGACCAGACGCUGUCCGGGAGGCCUUGGUGCAGAAGUCUGAGGAUACCUCAGACCGGCCAUCCUCACCAGUCUACCAUCACCUGGGCUUUGGGCCCGAAGCCGAAGGUGAGCUGCUCUUUGACCCAGCCAGUGCCCCAGGGCGGCCUCCAGGGCGGCCUCCAGGGCUAGUCAGUCACUUCACUA